AUGCGCAGGCGUGACUUCUUUAGUGGGGAUUGGCUGACGACGGGGCGAGACGGGGCGGGACUCCCGCCUCGGCGCAAGCUCUGUGGGCAGAGAGGGCGGGGCUGCUAGUGCCAGUCGACCCAAGUAUCCCGGCCUGAGGCGUCCUCCCGAUCCCUCCCCCUGCCGGCGCCUCUAACGGCAGACCAUUCAUCAAGAAUUUUGUAUUCAAGGCCCAAAAGUUUGUCACCGAAGAUGAUGAAUGCUGACAUGGAUGCAGUUGAUGCUGAAAAUCAGGUGGAACUGGAGGAAAAAACACGACUUAUUAAUCAAGUGUUGGAACUCCAACACACACUUGAAGAUCUCUCUGCAAGAGUAGAUGCGGUUAAGGAAGAAAAUCUGAAGCUAAAAUCAGAAAAUCAAGUACUUGGACAAUACAUAGAAAACCUCAUGUCAGCUUCUAGUGUUUUUCAAACGACUGACACAAAAAGCAAAAGAAAGUAAGGGAUUGAUAUCCCUUAUGUCUUAUGGAAUUGCUGCUGAUCUUUUUUCUUUAAAACUUAGAUUCCAAAAGUUAUAAUAGUUUUGUUUGUGGCUUCACUGAGUAUUUAUGAAGAUAAUGUCAGAUCUAGGCAAAAUUAAGAUCCUAACAGAAGACUUCCAUGAGUUUGUGUAUUAUGUUAGUCUAUGAAAAUGUGCAAAUGUAUUGUAGAGACUUUAUAAUUAGAAUUGCAUAUAUUUAUGAAACUUGAAAAUGAAUGUUUUAUCAAAUUUGCUUUUAUAGGCUUAGCACUGUCUUUUAUUAUAGGCAUAGUUAAAGAUAUAAGAAAAUAACCACCACGUUGUGAGAAAGUGACCAAAAUCAUGUACUGAAUGCACAGCUUUCUAUACCCUGUCCACCAUUGUGUGCCUCUUUUCCAUUUGCUUUCUUCUUGUUUUCCUUCCCCUAAAGAAAAAACUGCUUUCACAUUUAUAAGAAGUAAUUCCAAGUGUUAAUCAUCUAGGAGAGUAACCUGAACUCUCAACUGUUGAAACUUAACCAAAAUAAGAUACUUUCUCCAUUAGGGUUUAUUUGUUAUAUUUAGUAAUAAGAUAGAAUAUUUGGUUUCUCUGUAAUCAGUUGAAAAUUGAGGCUAUAAAAAUGAUUUUUCCUUGAAACUGAAAUGUCAAAUUGGGGAAGAUGUGUUGUUAAAAAAUUUUUUUGCACAAAAUAACCCACUUGGUUAUCUGAAAAGAUGAGCUAAACUGUGUUUCUGAAGUAGAAAUUUUUGAGGAGAAAUAGAAAUAGGGUGGGAAAAGUACUUGCUAAGUACCUUCUUAACCAACUUCAAAUGUUUUUACUCCAGAUUUGUGUUAUCUCUGGCACAGGUUAGAUUUCCGGGGGAAGGGGGUAUAUAAGAAAAUGGAUUAAGUUUGGCUAACCUUGUGUAAACCAUACCUGGAAGAGAAUAAAGUUUAGUCUCAGGUUUAUUUGUAGUGCCCAGAGCAUCAACUUUGCAAAAAUUGAGUGUAUUAGUAUCAGAAUCAUGAAUAAAAUGGGAGUUUGACAUGUAUACUAA